UUCAGUACGACUGUUUGGAACAAUGGCAUCUGCACACAUUGUCUUCUAUCUGAUAUGUUUGUUCUUGGGUGUAAUUGCUCAGAGGAACAACGUGCAUGUAUCCUCCUCUGCCCAUGAAGAAGCACGUUUUAUAUCAGCUAAAUCUGGAGACAGGGUGACUUUACAUUGUUACUAUGAACAGAAUGUUGCUGCACGGUUUAACUGGUAUAAGCAAACCUUUAGAGGGAAACCAAAACUAAUUUCUACUUUAUAUAAGUCAGAAACCAAUUUUGUAGAAUUUCAUGAUCCAUUCAACAAUAGUGCACGCUUCAGACUAGAUAAUGGAAAAGGAAAAAAACACUUGAUUAUCUCGGACGUAAGUGUUUCAGACUCAGCAACUUACUACUGUACAUGUUCCCAUUUCUACACAUUGACAUUCUUAGAGACCAUUAUUGUCAGUGUCAAUGAUUUAGAUUUAAACAUACGAGCUUUAGUUCAUCAGUCAGCAUCUGAGACCAUCCAGCCAGGAGGCUCUGUAAGUCUGCACUGUAUGGUGCACACUAUGCUGAGCUGUGAUGGAAAACACAGUGUUUACUGGUUCAAAGACUCUGAAGACCCCCAAGCAGGAAUCAUUUACACCCAUGGAGUCAGGAAUGAUCAGUGUGAGAGGAAAGCCAACAAAAGAACACACACCUGUGUCUAUAACUUGACAAUGGAGAGCCUGAAUGUGUCUCACGCUGGGAUCUACUACUGUGCUGUCGCCUCAUGUGGACACAUACUUUUUGGAAACGGGACCAAGCUGGACUUUGGGGUUCGGCGAGAUUCUCCUGCCCUGAUGUCUUUCUUAAGCGCAGCUUUAACACUCUCCACCAUCAUCAGUGUGUUAUCAACUUUUUUAGUUUAUAAGAUGAAAAAGAGGAACAACUGCCAAUCCAGAGCAGACUCAAACGCAAAUGAUUCUGUAAAUUUAGAGAGCACCCAAGAGGACAACCUUCAUUAUGCUGCUUUGAGAAAAAUUAGGAUGAAAGGAGCAAGAAGACAGACGAGCAACACCCAGGAUGAAUGUGUGUACUCCGGUAUAAAGUAAACAAACAGUAGAAAUGAUGAUUUUUAGUAUUACCUUUCUGCUGUAGUGAUGAUUUUGGCAUCUUCUCUUUGGUCUGAAAGAAAAAUGAUUUAACUGCUAACAGCAUUUGAUCACUUGCAUAUUUUUGAAAUUCCUGUAAAUAUAAUUCCAGUAGAUAAUUUGUUUUCGAUUUUGGGUUUGAUGUGUUUUUGUAGUUCUGUCAUUUUUAGUUGUCUGUUUGAAUUUGUUGUGUUAAGGUUUGUCUAUCAUUUGAAGGUUUGAUACCUAAUUUUUCUGGGUUCAGUAUUGGAUAUUUGUUUUGAUUCCCUAUUUUAUUGUUGUAUGCUUGUGAUGUGAUUCAUUUUUUGUGGCAGUAUUUACUGUAUUCAAAUAAUGAGGCUUAGUUUUUGUGUAAUAAUGUACAAUAUUACGGUGAAUAGUAUUCUCCAAAGUGUUCCUGUUGACAAUGACUUUCACCUGCAUGUUAUUUCUCACCUGUUCAACAUUCCAAUCCAAUCCAACUUUAUUUAUAGAGAAAUUUAAAACAACAUGGUUGACCAAAGUGCUUUCCAGCAAAAAACAGAGAUAAAAGUUAAAAACCAUACAU